AUGGCAGAAGAGCCUCAAGUCAAGAAGAGAAACCUUUGGAAUCCAGCUUUGGAUGAUGAUUGUAGUAAAAGUGAUGACAAACCCAAAGUUGAUAAUGCUGCUUUAAAUGUAAGUUGAUAUACUUUACAAUUGACUUAACGUAGCUUUAGAAGUUUGGCAAGCUAAUUGUUUUCGGCUUUAAGAUUGGGUCGGGUCUGGUCGGCUUUGAACUAGAGUUGAAACAAGCCGGGCAUAAAAAGUAGGCCCGGUCCGGCAGCUGUAUAAAUUUUUUAAUAAUUUUUGAUCAAAACCUGAGUUUAGCUUAUGCCAUUCUAAGCCUUAAUUUAUCAACUUCUAAAAAUUUUGAUCUAAAAUGUUAAAUAUUCCAUUUUUUAUAGACUUUUUUCAGUUCCAAAACUGUCUCCAGAUGCUGGCUCUUCUCCAGAAGCAACAGAACUCUCCGCCUCCGAUUCCUCCGUUCCUUCAACUUCUGACCCAGCCAAAUGGUAAUUAAAUUACUUUAACUUGAUUUUGAUACUCACAAACUUGUCAUCACAUGUUUUGUGAUUUUGACACAUUAAGGAAGUUGAGCUACGUCAGAAAAACAUAUUAACAACGUAAUGUGUGGUCAAAACUUUUUUAAUUUAAAAAUUUAAAAUCAUGAAAAGAUGAAAUAGCCAAAUUAAAAGUUUAAAUUCAUUUUUUAUAUCAAGUUACAAUUUAAAAACUAUUAUUUAGCUUCAUUCUGUCUCUUCAACAACCUCCUUCAACCACCAAAACCUAAAAAGCCUGAAGAACCAGCCCCACAACCUUCAACAUCAACAGUACCAUCAGCACCAGUCCGCAACCCUAUAGUUGAAACAGUCAUGGGAGCGACUAAAGGCCCUGUUAAUUACAAUUGUUGUGCUAUUUGUGGUCAAAGCUUUCGUUUGACUACUGAUCUAGUACAACAUGUCAGAACUAAUCACAGAAACAAUCGAUUCAAGAGAAAAUAUCAGGCUGAUUAA